UAUGGGAAGACUGGGUAGGCCUUGUGCAAAUUCAACACAUUUUAUGGGAGAAAUCUGAGCAUCUUCAGGGUUUUGUAUCAAGUUCCUAGAACAGAUCCCCCCAUGGAUAACAAGGAAUGGCUGUCAAUUUAUUCCAGAGAGUAGUAAUGACUAAAGAACUGAAAGUUGAUUGUCCGUACAGCAAAGGAAAAUUGUAAAUAAAGUCAAUGAUAUCAUGAUAUGAUGCUAUUGUCUACGAACGUAUUGGACACACUUUAAUUAAACACAUGGUCAGAGAUGGCCUCCUUGACAGAGCGGCAUUUGAGUUUUGAGCUAAAACACAAAUGACUAGAAGGAUUCAGCCCUGUGAGAGACGAUGAUGAGGGUGGCAAGCAAAGAAAAUAGCAACUUUUUUUUUAAGCAGCUCAGGGUGGAAAUUGAGGUCAUUGGAAGGGAAGUUGGUGACUCAGAGGACAAGUGUUGGUGUUAAAGCUGCCAAAUGGGGCCUUUGAGGCUGCGAGGAAAAUAUGGAAAUCAAAUGAGCAGUCGCAUGAGGAAAAGGGAGUCCCCUGCCUUUGCAGUUACAAGUGAACAACUAUUGUGUGCUAGGUGCUGGAGAUCCCGAGGAAAAUGUGGACCCAGCUUUUACAAGGUCGGUAGCUGGGGUGUAAAUAAUUAUAAUAUACGACCAAACAUCUAGUAAAAAGAUUUAUAGGGUGACCCUCCAGCAGGAGAGAUUUCACUGACACUAGAACACUUCACUUUGUGGAUUAAAUCUAAGUAGUAAGGUUGCUGCCAAAAGGUACGAGACCUGGGUGCUAAGGCCCUGGAUGAGUCUGCUCAGGGUCCUGUCUCACGUUGAGAACCAGGAAGACUCGGUCUUUUGCUAGUGAAUGGCCUUAAAUAUCCUAUCUUCAGAAAGAUCUCCCUGGGGGACGGUUAAUGACACAUCCGAAGGAGAUACCAAAGACAACUGAGCGGAGCCUACAGCUGAACAGGAAGUUAAGCAUCUCUGCUGUGCUAUCUACUCUGCUUGGUGUCUGACUCUCCUGCAUCCCAGCUCAUCCAGGAAGCACAGGUGGGCUCAUUUCCCAAAGGCAGACCAGCCAGGAGUGCUGAAUGCGAAUUCAGCCACGGGCUAGAGAGCAUUAACCAAAGCCUGCAGGAUGGACUUCGUCAUGAAGCAAGCCCUCGGAGGGGCCACCAAGGACAUGGGGAAGAUGCUGGGGGGAGAGGAGGAGAAGGACCCAGACGCACAGAAGAAGGAGGAGGAGCGGCAGGAGGCCCUGAGGCAGCAGGAGGAAGAGCGCAAGGCGAAACACGCCCGCAUGGAAGCCGAGCGCGAGAAGGUCCGGCAGCAGAUCCGAGACAAGUAUGGGCUGAAGAAGAAGGAAGAGAAAGAGGCAGAGGAGAAGGCAGCCCUGGAACAGCCCUGCGAGGGAAGCCUGACCCGACCCAAGAAGGCCAUCCCUGCAGGCUGUGGGGACGAGGAGGAGGAGGAAGAGGAGAGCAUCCUGGACACAGUGCUCAAAUAUCUGCCAGGGCCGCUGCAGGACAUGUUCAAGAAGUAACCCAUCCUCCUCCGGCCCCUUCCACGUUAUGACUUUUUUUUUUUUUUUUUUUUUUUUUUGGUGUUCUUAGUCUUUCUUUUCUUUUUAUUCAGUUAAGUCUCAGUUCCAAAGGGGAAAACCUUAGUCGACCUCUGCCCCCUUACCCUAGUCAGGGACUCCUCCCCUCUGCAGUCCCUGACAGACCCUUCAUCCCAGGGUUUCUAGUCCUGUUUCACUCCCAAGUAGCUUGAAAAAGGAAGGAGGAGGAGGAGGAGGAGGAGGAGGAGGAGGAGGAGGAGGAGGAGGAGAAGGAGAAGGAGAAGGAGAAGGAGAAGGAGAAGGAGAAGGAGAAGGAGAAGGAGAAGGAGAAGGAGAAGGAGAAGGAGAAGGAGAAGGAGAAGGAGAAGGAGAAGGAGAAGGAGAAGGAGAAGGAGAAGAAGAAGAAGAAGAAGAAGAAGAAGAAGAAGAAGAAGAAGAAGAAGAAGAAGAAGAAGAAGAAGAAGAAGAAGAAGAUAGCUUUACUCUAGCAGGGGGCAUUGAACCCAGAGCCAAAGGCAUUGGUUGUCCCUCCAGAAGAAGCCCAUGGUCUAUGUUAAUGUGGUGACACUCCCCCCCAUACAUUCCUUCAUGCUCCCCACUGCCAGGAGGACCACUGUCCCCAGCCAGCCAAAGUAAUGACACAUUCCAGCCUUGCCCAGCAUGCUGACCUUUGGCCUCUGAACCCCCCAGUGGGAGUCCAGGUCAGGGCAGAGGCACUGAGUGGUCUGGCUCCAGGAAGGCUAUUCAGAGGGAGCCUGUCCUGGAGAGCCUAGCCCUGAGAGGCUCUAGCUGGGUCUGGCCAGGUUAGAAUCUGGGCAGGAGGCUUGGGCUCUCCUCUUUUCCUCUUCCUGGUGCCGCUGCUGGCCAGGAGCACACCUCUCCCCAACCCGACCUAAAGAAGCACGGCCCCGGCCAAGCCACUCCUUCCAAAUGGAUCCUCUUUGGACUUUAGCACAUCUGUGGAGGAACCCAGGGCAGGGCAACACCCUUAUUUCUCUCUCAUCUGACUUAGGUCCUGGGACCCCACUGCCAGGCUAGGCCCGAGUUUGCCCAGCCAAGGGGCUGCCCAGACCCCCAGAAAAUACUUGGAGCCAUCGGGCAGUGGUGGCCUGUGCCAUGAGGCUCCUCAUUGGCACAUCCAAACUGCCCCCAUUUCCUGUCCACCCUCCUUCCCUCCAUGUCCUGUCCAUGUGCUUCCAAGUCCCCAUUGUCCCCAGGAGGACUCUUCUUGGCCAAAGCCCCCAAACAGCUGGGGAGAAGCCAAUUGCCACCUGACAAAAGACUGUCCAUUCAUCCCACUGGCCAAGGGUCAGCUCUCCUCUGGGAUGUAUAGGACUGGUAUGUGUCCUCACGUACCACCUUGUCAAGGCUUCCUGCUCUGUGACUUGUGGAGAAAUGGAGAGACAGAGGGGGAGGCGCAAAUGAGGGAUGAGCGUGUGAGUCCCCACACACUGGGUAAUGCACGGCAGGCCCAUCCUACAUCUCGAUGCGACUGUGUCUUGAGAUUGCAUGUGUGUGUGUUAGCUCUGUGUUGCAGGCUGUGUAUCUGAUGUGCCUCGUGCAUAUGUGUUUGUGGGAUGUAGUGUGCCUGAGUCCCAGUUCAUUUUCUCGGUAUGUGCUAGCCAUCUCGUGUGCUUUCAGAUUGCAUGUGCUAGCUUGUAUAUGCAUGUACUUGCAAAACGGCAUGUGUGUCAAGAGUGACAGGUUACAUGUUAGCUGUAGACAUGUGUGCUUGAGACAACUGUCACGUGGGCUAAGACUGGUGUUCAUGUGUGUGGGUCUAAACCAGGAAGUCGUAUGCAUAAGUCGUACAACUUCUUUCUCAGAGAGCAAGAAUUGGAGUAAGAUGCUUCCUCCCCACCCUGAGACGGUUAGUCACAGAUGGCCACAUCUGACAGGAAACCUUACUUUGGCCUAGAGUCCUCCCACCCUUGGGGGUUUCCUACCUGAGGUCCUCAGAAUGCUACUGGGACAGACCCAGGCAGUACCCUAGGAAGCCAUGCUGGGCCCCUACCAGGGCCUAUCCCAAAAGCAGGGGCCCGGGAGGGGGCGACUUGCCCUCCCCCGAAGCCCCUGUCCCACUGGCCCCAGUUUGCAUUCUGCAGGUUUUCCAUUUUAGUGGACUUACGCUUUUAUUUCAGAGAAGACAGACGUCUUCCCUGUCCGUUUCCAAUAGUUAAAGCCAUAUCAGUUAGACCGCAAUACUUUAAAGAUAAGACUAAACAAUCCAUAUGUGUAGGGAACCAGAAAAGUCCCCUGGUCUCUCCCUCCUCUAAGGAGCAGGGCCUUGGCAGCUCCAGCUCCCGGGACUUACCCUCCUCCCACCCCCACCCUCUUGGGCCCCUGUGUCAUCCCACAGGGGGCUAGUGUUUGUGUCUAUGUCUGUGGUGGGGAGCCAUCUUGCACCCCUAUUGUCUGCUUGUUUCUGUUUCUUAUCCUGGGCAGGAUGGUCAUUCUUCAGAGCCUUGGGGUCCUGGGCCAGAGACAGGCAGGGACCAGUCCAGGGGCCCUGGGCCUCCCUAGACCCUGAGUGUGACUUCCCCUUCCCCAACCCCCACCCCCUCACACACACCUUGAAGGCAGGGAAGGACACUAGUGUUUUAAAGGCCUAACCCUUCACAGAUAGACCUCAAAGGUAAUGAACGGCACAGUACAAAGCAUCAGAUGGGUAGUGGAGACCAAGACCUGGAGAGAUGCAAAUAGGCAAGGAAACCCAGCCACGCAAGAACCCGAAUGGUCCUGAGAGAGCCCAGACCCUUCAACUGAAGUCCUUGGUGGUUUCCAUGGCUCCUCUGAGCCCAGAGCGAGCUCAGGGCUUUUCAGCCUCACCCAGUGCCCCCCAGGCGGGGCUGGCUUAGUCUAGAUUUAUGUCUCCUUUCUAUGCCCAGACAGCAGAUUCUGAGGUCCUUUGAAGGUGGAGGUAAGAGAAUUUCUACUUGAUACAUACCUGGUUCCACCCACACAAAGCCCAGGGAGAUGUAAUGAUUGAUAUUUCUGACAUAGCCUGGGCUAUAGGGAGAAAACAACAGGCAACCCUGGAAGGAUGCUGUGUACCACACAUGCAUGGGAGGGCAGAACUUGGGUACUUGAGCAUUGGAAAGGAUACAUAUACACACAUAGCACAUACAUGCACACAUUCACUCACAUACAUAUACACACAUACAUACAUCCAUAUAUAUACACACACAUAUAUAUACAUACAUAUACACAUACAUAAACAUACAUAUACACACACAUAUAUAUACAUACAUACACACAUAUAUAUACAAACAUAUACACACAUAUGUACACAUACACACACAUACAUACACACAUGCACACACACAGCAUGGAAGAUGGCUGGAGUGGGAUGAGGCACAUCACUGACAGGCAUGUGUGCUCUUUGGGAAGGUCAUCAGGCUCCUACACCUGGAAAUCACCAGCAGUGAAAAGAAAGAGCGCUUCUCUGGGCCUCUGUGAAGAUGACACAGGAUAUCCAGGGUACAUGUCCCCCAUUUCAGCUCCAGAGAGUGAGCCCUUAGCAGCAAAGCUCCACAGCGCUUCCUUCCAUGGAAGUAGGAGCUCUAUAGGCCAUCCCAGGUAGGUAAAUGAGAACAGGAACGAGAAGCCCAGAGACCCCUCACACAUGGCAGAGCUGGUGAGCAAACCAGCCAUCUAAAGGCCCAUGGCUAGAGUAAGGGGGGCUAAGCAUGGGGCUUCCAGCCCCGAGAGUGCCCACUAUGAAGUGAGCAGAGUUGCCCACCCACAACUCCCCUUCCAUCUUCCUGUGGUUUGGCCAGCCCCUGACCUCACUGGGAGACCUGGGGAUCAGACUCCCUCCCAUGGGGGAUGCCUCCCGGCCAAUGUCCCCUGCUCUAGUCCCCAUUCCUAAUGCCCUGCCCUUUCACCAGGGAGAGAGACCUGAGGUGCUCCUGCUGGCCCCGGGAUGGGAGUGGGAAGUCCCACUGAGACCCAGGUGAGAUGGACCAUCCUGCUCAUGUAGGGGAACCUCUUUCCCACAACUGUGCUGUGUCCUUGUUGCUCUGCUUCCUUUAAAUGUGUCAGUCUCUGGGGGAGGGGAGGGCCACGCCCCCCGAACUCCCUUGAACCUGACCAAAAGCCAUGGCCGUGCUCCCCACUUUGUAUGAUGCAAAUGCUAAGAUGAUGUACAAAACCAACCAUGAUGACAAAGAAAAAGACCUUGUACAGCAGCUGUC